AUGUUGCGAUUAUUUAUGCUAUACUGCUUAGCAGUCUCCGUGGUGGCUCAAGAUUCGCGUAUUAUCAAUGGAGAUGUAAUAAACAUUGCCUACGCUCCUUACACCAUGCAAUUGAGGACCUUGCGGGAUAUAACUGUGUGUGGCGGUACCUUGAUAGCUAAACGUUAUGUCGUAACGGCAGCUCACUGCAUGGACAAGAUGAAACCUGAAGAAUUUAUUGUCGUUGGUGGUGCCAGCACCGUCGAUGAACCUGGAGUACGUCGUAAAGUAGUCAAAGGUUUUAUACAUCCUGGCUAUCGGAUGUUGAACAAAGAUCGUGAUAUAGCUGUUCUCAAAUUAGACGAAGAAAUGGUGGGCAAAAAUAUUCGACCUAUCGAGUUGUGUUCCGGAGCGUUAAAGGCCGGUGAUAUUAUUCAAGUUUCUGGUUGGGGUCGUACACAGGAGAAAGGAUAUUCUUCUGAUGAAUUGCGGACGAUUUUUAUGCCCAUUUUGGAUAAGCAGGAAUGUUUGAAAAUGUAUAAAAAAGUUUCGGUAAAAAUCUCGGAUUCUGUUGUCUGUGCCUAUGAUGGAGGUAAAAGGGAUUCUUGUCGUGGUGACUCAGGUGGUCCGGGAGUUUAUGGUGGUGAAUUGUGUGCCGUGGUGUCGUGGGGUAUGGGUUGUGGCCGUGCUGAAUAUCCUGGUCUUUAUACCAGUAUUGAUGUUGUACGCGACUUUAUUGAAGAUUGUAUGAGAGAGUAG